AUGAUAUUUUUACCAUCAUCAAUAGGUGGUGCAUCAUUUUCGGCCAAAAGUAUAAAAGUUAUUCGUUUAAUUAAAUAUGGAUGCGCCAAUAGGCCUUUUUUUCACAUAUCCGUAAUGGAGAGGCAUAAAGAACCAACAGAACAAGUUAUUGAACAAAUUGGAAACUACGAUCCUCUUCCAAAUCAAGAUAAUGAAAAAUUAGUGGCCAUAAAUUUUCAGAGGUUAGAAUAUUGGCUAAGUCAAGGUGCUAAAGUCACUCUUCCUGUGCAAAACUUAUUAGGUUUAUCAGGUUACUUUCCUAUUCAUUAUAAUACAUACAGAACAGCAUGGAAUAACAGAAAUAAAAUUGAAAAACAUUUAAUCGAUUUAAGAGCCAAAGUAAAUGAAAUUCAAAAAUCGCAAGAUGUGUCGAAUUGA